GGCGGGGCCGGGCGUGACCCGGAAGCCCACGGCGGGUUCCGCCCUCCGCCCCAGACGCAGGCUCGGACGGGCCCACCGAGCGGCAGCCGCCCUUCGCUCCUUCCUCGCGGACACCAUGCUCCAGUUUCUGCUUGGAUUUACUUUUGGCAACGUGGUUGGAAUGUAUCUGGCCCAGAACUAUGACAUACCAAAUCUGGCUAAAAAACUUGAAGAAAUUAAAAAGGACUUGGAUGCCAAGAAGAAACCCCCUAGUUCAUGAGGCGGACCCAGCACUGCUUUCUGGAUAUACCGAUUCUGCUCUUCUUGAGGCCUCCUUAUCACCUGAACCAAAAAGCUUUUGUUUUAAAUUUCAGCCUCAGCAGUCUUCCUCUCUGCUAGAUUCUAUGCUGCCUGAGAGCAACAGUUGAGGCUUCGCAUUCAGAACUACCCUUUUCCAACAUCCUCCCCCCUUCCCUUCCUCCUUCCAGCCACUUGGGACGGCCUGAGACUGGAAUUAUGGUGCUUGAUUAGUAAACAUAACCUCUUCUUUAUUCUUUGGGGUUUCUAGUGUUUUCUAAAGAAAAAUUGAUGAGUUUUGUAUGGCUGAUCAGAUUUCACAGUCUAACAAUUAUAAUGGGUGUUUAAACAUUUGUUAGUAAAUUAUGUUGUUUCACGGUAAUUAAAAUUAAAGUCCAGAAGCCACUUUACUCCUGAAUUAUCCACUUACUGUAUACAGUUAUCAGGCAGCUCUAUAGCUGCUAAUUUAAUCAUUAAUUGAUUUGCUACAUUGGCUGAGAAACUAUAUCCUGAGAACCCUGUCAGGAACUAGUGAGUUUAAAAAUAUGUAAAAUAAUGGCCUUUAUCCUCUGUGAAAUUCAGUCAAGUAUGCAUGUUUUUCCAUAAUGAUGUCUUUGAUUCGACACUUUUCUCUCAAAAGAAUCCUCCUGUUUUAAGGGAUUAUAGGUGCAUUUGAUGUUACAUGAUGGAUAAAUGAUAACUUGUCUGUAAAGGAAAUAUUAUGCCUUUUCACAUUAAAAAAAUGUAUUUACAUUAUAACUUUAUAGUAAUUCUCAUAAGAAAACUUUGAGGGUUUUUGUUUUUGUUUUUCUCCCUGCAAUAAAAAAUCACCAUUGUAUGUUGACCCAUUGAUAGAGACAUCUCUCUGUUCCUCAUUCAGCAGGGAGAAGCUACUGAAGAUGAGACCUCCACCCAAAUGCUAAAUAUUUCCAUUAUUGAUGGGGGUGGGGGGUGAGCAUAGAGGCCGCUUUUCGGCAACAGGCAGUGGAAACCUGAACAAGGCAGAAGGGCCCACAGUGAGCACGCAAACGGACUCAUUAAGCCAUAGGCCCUAACUGACCGAUGGGCUACGUACAGCUAGGUGCAGUUCUAAGGAUCACCGAAAAAGGGAGAAUUCCAUCAGUCCUCAUACUCCCUUACUCCGCCCUACUGUGACUAUAGCCCCUCACCAUCGCCUUGUGGUGGACAGUCUCUCUUUUGCUGUCCUGCCUGCUGCUCCCUUGCUCUUUAAAAAAAAGAAAAGAGGGGCGCCUGGGUGGCUCAGUCGGUUAAGCGUCCGACUUUGGCUCAGGUCAUGAUCUCAUGGUCCAUGAGUUCGAGCCCUGCGUCGGGCUCUGUGCUGACCGCUCAGAGCCUGGAGCCUGUUUCAGAUUCUGUCUCUCCCUCUCUCUCUGACCUUCCCCCAUUCAUGCUCUGUCUCUCUCUGUCUCAAAAAUAAAUAAACGUUUAAAAAAAAUUUUUUUUUAAAAAAAGAAAAGAAAGAAAUCACCAUUGUAAUUUGUCAAAUGUAUAAUUAGUCCAUUUUUUUUGGUCAAGAAAAUGUUUGAAUACUUCACUUUUCCCAUGGGUCAAGAUACAAAUGUGAUUCAGAAUAAAGAGUUUCUCCCACUCCUGUCCAUCAGCAACUAGUUCCUCUUCCUGGAGGCAGGCUCUGUCAAGUUUCCUGUAUACUUUGAGGAAGAUUCUUUGCCUAAACAAAUACAUGUGUGUGGUGGGGGAGGGAGGGGAGGUUUACACAAAUGAUAAACUGUAUUGAGUUCACCCCUGGCCUUUUAUUUUAUUUUAUUUUGUUUUAUGUUAUUUUAUUUUAUUUUAUUUUAUUUUAUUUUAUUUUAUUUUAUUUUUUAAAUGGAGAUCAUUCCGUAUCAGUAUGUAAGAAACAAGGAACCUGUUUCCCUCCUUUGGCUCCAUGAGAUUCUAGUGAAUGGAUAUACCAUAACUUACUUAAUCUGUUACUGAUGAACAUUAGGGUUCCUGUCCUUUGCUGUUACAGUGAUGACCUUGAACCUAAAGUUAUUAUACGUAUCUGUGCGGAGUAUGGCUGUAAGCUAAAUCCUAAAAGUGUAAUUUACCCUAACUAUAAAGUCUCAUUUGAUUGUGUGCUUUGUCUUAGGGGACUUGUUGGGCAGCUCACUGAUAAUGCCAUUUCUGAAGAAAUUUUAGCAGAAUCUGUAAACUGGAAGACCAACUUAGAGACACCUUUAUUCAGGCAGUGAUGACAUUGGUACUGCGUGACUAUAAGACAAAAGGUUCUGUUUUCUCUUUGAAAACGAGGAUCUCUCGUACAUGGGUAUAGGUUUUAUCCGUGGCAGCUUGUUCUGGCGUGUGAUACAGGUGGCGUGAAAACAGCAUAUUAUGGUGUGACUUCACCCUAGGAGUGAGAUCAUGGGCAAGCGUCUUAUUUUUCUGACACUGUUGUAUUCUCUGUAAGAUGUGGACGCAAUAUCUACCUCAUACGCUCACAUGAGAAACAGGUGAGAUAAUGUACGUGAUGUGUUACACAGUGCUUUGCAAAUUGCCCAAUAAAUAACAGAUACUGGCCCAAA